AUGCCAGGGCUCUUCGGUACCCGCCGCGAACAAGAGCCCCGUCAACACUUUGUCGGCUUCCAACUCCAACCACUCGAACACGAAGCUUCUCCCUCCGGCUCUCAAAUCUCGCUUCCGUUGUUUGGGAAGAAGGAUAAGGGGGAGCAUAUAGAACAUGGGCAAGGAUCGCCGUUUGUGGGGAGUCCGUUGAGAGGGGGGACGCCAAUUGCGGGUCAGGGAGGGUCGAGAGGGCAUGCGAGACAGGUUACGGGUGAGGAGGGAGAUGAGGCUACGGAGGAUGAAGAACAGCAACCACGGGAUAAAUUGGAUUUCAGGGCACGGAUGUUUAUUCUCUUCGUCGCCUGCACAUUCUCAAUCGGCUCUCACUUCGCACAAACCCUCGGGCCUCUCCUCCCACUCCUGAAAUCUCGACUCGGGAUACCGGAUCGGACGUUGACUUCGCUACUCUCCUCACAGACACUGCUGAAUACGGUUAUACCACUCCUUGCCGGACUCCUGGUCGCGCGACACGGAACCCUCCGUUCAUCACUCUUCGCGACAUCAACCCUCUUCAUCGGGGAAUUCAUCGCGCUCUUCGGCGUAUUAAUGAGUAAGAUUGGAUGGUUGGUAACCGGACUCGUCGUCUUCGGAAUGGGCGUUAGCCCAUUAGCCCUGAUUCAGGAAACACUCUUGGUACAGGUAUUUGGAGCGCACGAGAGGGCUGGACUCGCGUUGGCGGUGGGGUUGGUCGCGGGGAAGGGUACGAGUUUCAUUGCUGCCGAGACGAUUAGCUCGAUGACUAAAUCCCACGCUGGGUUAACUACGCCAUUUGCGGUGGGCACGGCACUCACAGCCCUAGGCGUCGGGAUGAACAUCACAUGGAUCGUAUGGUCCAUCCGCCGUUCCCGCGCAGAGGAGGAAAGACUCCGGAUCCAAGCUUUCGGUGCGCGGGGGUUCACGCCCAUUCAUGCAGAGAAAGAAGAUGUAGUGAGGUUGAGUGUUACGGAGAGGGUGUAUGCGCUUCCUGGGUUAUUUUAUUUGUAUUUGGGGGUUGCGGUUGGGGUUGGGUGUGUGUGGCUUCCGUUUGUGAAUUUGAGUACGGAGGUUUUGGUUGAGAGGUAUGGGAUGACCUCAGAUAAAGCUGCGGGGUGGGCGGGGUGGGUGUUGGCGUUGCCGAUAUUGUUGUAUCCAGCCGCGGGGUGGGUCACCGACCGUUAUGGACAUCGGUUAACACUGCUUUUGGUGUCGACGCUGUUCACGCUGGCUUCGUACUCGUUACUACUGGCCAAGUCACUCCCGGGGUCUGCGACGCUUGCACUUGUCACGUUCGCGAUUGGGUAUGGUGCUGGACCGUUGUUGAUGGUCGUUACGGCGCAGCGGUUGGUUGGUGCGGAGAGUGUUAGUAUCGCGCUUGGGGGGUGGAAGAUGUUGGAGAUGAUGGGGACUACACUUACACAGACGUGGUCUGGGAUACUGCUUGAUCAGGAAAAGGAAUUCGACAUCCAACCCUUCAACGCCGUCCUCGCCAUUCUAUGGGCAUGCAACUUCGUCGUCGCCGGCCUCGUCGCAAUCCUCCUCGUCCUCGACAAACACCAGAUGGGAGGCUACCUCAACGCCUCCACCCCCUCCUCCACCGGUCCCCCUAUCCCUUCCAACUCCCGCUACGCCCAACUCCCACAAAUGGAAAACGAAGACGAUGAAGCCUAUGUAGACAGAAUUGAGCGUGAGAGGAGGGAGGGAAAGGUCGUGACGUUGAGUGAGGAGGAGGUUAGGGGACGAAGGAGGGCGAGGUGGUGUGGUGGGGUGUUGGCUGUGGGUGGAGUCGUGGUUUGGGGGAGUUAUGUUUGGGUAUUGGUUGAUGAGCUGUCGUAG